AUGUCGGUGGUGCUGCCCUCCCACACUGAAGAGGCAGGACCACCUCGACCUCCUCCGGAACCUCCACCUGGCGUGUCGACGGCACCUCCUCGUAGAAUGACGAGCAGCAGAUCAACGUCGCCCUCCCCAAGCUGCAGCAGCGUCUUCUCGUCCGUCCACAAUAUGAAGGCACACGCCCGACGCACUAACUCUGGCACUCCAAUCGUUGCAGAAGGCCUCACAUGUGGAUUCUGCGACAGCUCCACGGUCUUCCCAACAAGUGCCUCACGCGCAGAUCACUACCGAAAAUGUCAAGCGUAUCAACGAGCAAAAGACGGACAACGCACCUCUGCAAGCUCCAAUGACAGCCGUAGCCCUUCAGCCACUCCUCUGCCGCAACCCCCACCAGCCGCUGAGCCCCGACAAUCCACGGGAGGCCCUGCCGCACACGCUGUGGGAAUGCCGCCGUCCUCGACAACUCAGCAUCCGACUAUUGGGAACACCACCUCUCGCACGACAGCAUCGUUCAGAAAGAAGGAAAAACUGGCCACAUCGCCACGGACAGCCCGCAGGCCAUUAAAGAACAGUGGCCGCAAAGUAUAA